UUGGCCACAUGAGGGCCUCCGCGUCCUCCCUGCUGCCUCCAAACCUCCAAACCUCUCUCCUCAUUUCAAGCCUUUGCCAAAUUCCCUCCUCCCUCCUCCCUUCUUCCUCCCUCCCUCCUCCUCCUCCUCUCUGCCUGCCAGAAGCCCCUCUCAGGCCGUGUAGGGGAGCAUUCACACCCCGCUGUCGGCGUUUAUCGGAUGGGGCUCUCAGCCUGAGCCGGAGGGAGGAGGAGGAGGAGAAGGAUGAACGGGAACCCGUGCGCCCGCAGGCUCGCCCGGCGCUCCAAGUCCGCGCUGCUGAUCGCGGCUCUGGCCGUCCUGCUGGUCCAGACUCUCAUCGUGUGGAACUUCAGCAGCCUGGAUUCUGCUGGCGGGGACGGAGGAGCCAGGAGCCGGGAGAAGAGAGAGGACCGAGCAGGGGGGCUCAACAAAGCCGAGAGGGAACACCCGAGGAGGGGGCUGCAGAAGAAGGGCGACCCGCCGCCCCCGAUUGGAAAGGCAGCUGCUCGACACAAGCUACAGGCGGACGUCUACCAUUCCCACCGCCCGAAAGAGAAGCUUCGUCUGGACAGCAACAACAACGAGAACUCAGUCCCAAAAGACUUUGACACCAUCGACAGCAACAGUAACCUUGGAGCUCGAUCCCAACGCCAACGAGUGCCGGUCCCAAACGCCAAACGCAAGCUGGAUAAGGCCCAAGCACAGGGACUUCUGGGAAAAAGUGCAAACGAGGUCCUGAAGUACCCCGCCGUCCAACCCAGAGGAGCUGGACACAACCACAACCGCACCCUCAACCGGAAACCCCAUCCCCAGAUUCCCACCAUCUCAGCACCACUCCAAGGGUCCAAUCAGGAAGCGGCUUUCUACCAGGUGAAGAAGUCGGCGUCUCUGCUGCCGCCAGGUUUGGAGUCGAGGAAGGAGCAGCCGCAGUGUGAGAUCAGUGGGAAGGAGGCCAUCUCUGCUCUGUCCAGGGCCAAGACCCGGGAGUGUCGGCAGCAGAUUGUGGAGGUGUACUGCAAACACAAAGAGAGGGCGCUGAUGCCCGAGAAGGUUCCUCGCUUCUGCCCCAUAGAAGGUAAAGCUAACGUGAAUGUACAGUGGGAUGAGGACCCCUCAGACGCUGCCCGCCUCGUUCCUGUUCGGAUCGCCUUCGUCCUGGUCGUCCACGGCCGAGCCUCGCGUCAGUUCCAUCGUCUGUUUAAAGCCAUCUACCACACCUCGCACUACUACUACAUCCACGUAGACCAGAGGUCCAACUACCUCCACAAAGAGAUCCUGACUCUGGCCGGCCGCUAUCCCAACGUGAGGGUGACUCCCUGGCGGAUGUCCACCAUCUGGGGCGGGGCCAGCCUGCUGACUAUGUACCUGCGCAGCAUGGAGGACCUUUUAAAAAUGGCCGACUGGUCCUGGGACUUUUUCAUCAACCUCAGCGCUGCAGACUAUCCCAUCAGGACCAACGAACAGCUGGUGGCUUUUCUGUCCAAGUAUCGCAACAUGAACUUCAUCAAAUCUCACGGCAGAGACAACGCACGAUUCAUCCGUAAGCAGGGUCUGGACCGUCUCUUCCUCGAGUGCGACACCCACAUGUGGCGUCUCGGGGACCGCAAGAUCCCAGAGGGCAUCGCGGUGGACGGAGGCUCUGAUUGGUUCCUGGUAAACCGGCCGUUUGUGGACUAUGUGGUGAACUCCCAGGACGAGCUGGUCAGCAGCAUGAAGCGCUUCUACUCCUACACACUGCUGCCGGCUGAGUCGUUCUUCCACACCUUGCUGGAGAACAGCGUCCACUGUGAGACGAUGGUGGACAACAACCUGCGGCUCACCAACUGGAACCGUAAGCUGGGAUGUAAAUGUCAGUACAAGCACAUAGUGGACUGGUGCGGCUGCUCGCCCAACGACUUCAAGCCCUCGGACCUGCCGCGCUUCCAGCAAGCGUCCAGACCCACCUUCUUCGCCCGGAAGUUCGAGGCCAGCGUCAGUCAGGAGAUCAUCAACCAGCUGGACUCCUACCUGUUCGGGACGUACCCCGCGGGAACCCCGAGCCUCCAGGCCUACUGGGAAAACAUCUACGAGCAGGAGACGGACGGCCCUGCCAGCCCGUCAGACUCCACGCUCAGUCACUACCACGCCUUCGUUCGUAUGGGACUGUCCCGGGCCGCCAGCUCGCUGCAGGGGCAUCCCAAUGACAACAGCUGCAGGUACGUCGCCAUGAGCCACCCGGUGUCGGUCCACCUCUACUUCCUGUCGGACCAGUUCCAGGGCUACCUGGUGCGUCACAUGGCCACUAACCGAGCCUCCACCCAGCUGGAGACUCUGGAGACCUGGGUUACGUCCAGAGACCACUUCGCCUUUGCCAGUCCAGCCCAUCCCAACAACAGGCUGCAGCACGUCCAGGUCGGGAUUGACUGGGAUCCAAAGGAGCGUCUCUUCAGGAACUGGGGAGGUCUCGUGGGUCCAGAGGACGAGCCGGUGGCCGUGCAGCGCUGGAGCCGCAGUCAGACCAACCUGACCGCCACCGUCGUAUGGAUCGACCCCACAAACGUCAUCGCAGCGACUUACGACAUCCUGGUGGACGCCUCCGCCGAGGUCACCCACUACCGGCCGCCGCUCACCCUGCCGCUGAGGCCGGGGCUGUGGACGCUGCGAGUGCUGCACCACUGGAACCCGCUCGGUCAGACCAGCUUCAUCGUGGCUCCGCUGGAGUUCCACCGACAGCAGCCGAUUCUACAAGAGGACGCCCUCCGGCUGCACGGCGGCCCGGCCAGAAACUCCUACAUGGAGCAGAGCUUCCACGGCCUGAACCCGGUGCUGCGGCUGCCGGUGAGCCUGGGCGCCGUGGAGGAAGCCGAGGCCAACGCCGGCCUGACGGGGGCGCCGCUGCGUCGCUGGCUGGACCGUCUGCUGGAGAGCCACUGGUCGGCCUCGGACGUCUGCUCCAUGGGACCCAGCGCCUGCCCCGUCAUGCAGCGCUGUCCCCAAACGGUCUGGAGCGCGGCCAGCCCGGACCCCAAGUCUGAACUGACCCCUCCCAGAGAGGACGGACGGAUCAGGUAGCAGACGGACGGACUGAGGGAGGGAUAAAUGAAGGAAGGCACGGGGCUGACGUCCCGCUCGUGUCUGGUAUUUAUUUAUUUAAAGGUUGUGCAGAGUGGAAGAGGACGGAGGACCAAACUCUGGAGGCAGAGAGGGGAAGAAGAGGAACAGACUCAAACUGAGGGACAGACUUCCUCCUUCAGUCCUCUCUCAGUCUGCUGCGCUCACUGUCAUUUGGGACUACAGUGUGUGUGUGCGUGAGUGUGUGUGAGUGUGUGUGUUGAAGCAGUGUGUGAGAAGAACUUUUUACCUCUUGUUGUGAGUGUUUCCUGGGUUAAAGUAUGGAAGUGAUGCAGAAUCCUCGGCCCCUAAAGGUCUUUGUAAAAUAGUUUUUAUAUCGACUUUAUUUAUUUGAUCAGAAAAACAUCCUGAACUCUGAAAUGUUCUUUUCAAAAACCGACCUGAACUGGUCAAAGUCAGCGAGACAGAGGUCGUCUUCAGAUUUUAAAGACUCAGAUUAUUUGAAGCUUUAUGAAAGCCAUAAAGGUUUCUGUUUCAAACUUUUCAUCCUGGAUCUUUGUCGUGUUCAGAGAAGGAAUAUUAUCUUUGAGUUCUUCUGAGAGAUCAAACCAUCAUCCUGUCACAUCGAGGUGAAAUACAGGCGGUAUGGAUGUAAGGAUAAAUCAUGAGUAAAUAAUCAGACCAUCA